AUGGCCAAAGACACGUCCAAGGACACCGCGCCAGUCGCAGCUGCGGAAGACCCCAAUAAGGCGGCCAAGGACACAAAGACUGCUAAAGACAAACCGUUGAGCGAAGAAGAGAAGAAGAAGCUGGAGGAAGAAGAGGAACUGUCUGAAGAGGAUAGACAGUUGAAGGAAGAGCUGGAGAUGUUGGUUGAACGUUUAAAGGAAACGAAUACCAGCCUUUAUAAGCCGGCUCUGGAAACCUUGCGCACCCUCAUCCGUACCGCGACUUCGUCCAUGACUUCCGUCCCAAAACCUCUCAAGUUCCUGAGACCGCAUUACCAAGCCCUCAUUGAAGUGUACGAAAGAUGGUCUGAAGGGGAUAACAAGAGAUUCCUGGCGGACAUCCUCUCUGUUCUAUCAAUGUCUUAUGCCGAAGAAGGGAAACGAGAGAGCUUGCGUUACAGAUUACUUGGAUCAGCAGAGCCAGCAGGGUCGUGGGGGCAUGAAUACGUGAGGCAUCUUGCUUCCGAGUUGAUUGGCGAGUAUGCGGCGUUGAAUGAGAAGGAUGAAGACACAGAACAUGUUUUGAAUCAGGCUUUGGAAAUUGUUCCCUUUCUGUUGAAACACAAUGCCGAAGCAGAUGCGGUGGACCUCAUGCUUGAACUGGAGGCUUUGGACCACCUUUCACAGUUCGUGGAUAAAGACACAUAUGCACGUGUUUGCUUGUACUUGAUCAGCUGCGUGCAGUACGUUGCCCCUCCUGAUGACAUUGCGUGUUUGAAGACAGCACAUACGAUCUAUCGCGAUCAGGAGCAAUACCCGCAGGCAUUACAGGUUUCGAUGAGGAUGGGCGACCAGCGAAUGAUUCGCGCUGAUUUCAAUGAUUGUCCAGAUCUCUUGAUGCAAAAGCAGCUCGCCUUUAUGCUGGCGAGACAGCAGAUCAAUGUUCCAACCGAGGAUGAAGAUAUCCAGGAGAUUUUGAACAAUACCCGGCUGUCCGAAAACUAUCUCGCUCUUGCUCGGGACCUUGAUGUUAUGGAAGCAAAGACGCCCGACGAUAUCUACAAGAGUCAUUUGGAAAAAGAUCGGCCUGGCUUUGGCGGCGGCAAUGUCGAUUCUGCUAAGCAGAACUUGGCCUCCACGUUCGUGAACGCUUUUGUCAAUAUCGGAUUCGGGAGCGACAAGCUUAUGACCGCAUCGGAAGAUGGAAACUGGAUAUACAAGAACAAAGAGCAUGGCAUGAUGAGCGCUGCUGCUUCACUUGGCGCCAUUCUACUGUGGGAUGUCGAAAUUGGUCUGACCCAGAUCGACAAAUAUCUGUACUCUCAAGAAGAUUUCAUCAAGGCCGGUGCCUUGCUAGCCAUCGGCUUAGUGAACGCUGGCGUGCGUAACGAAUCCGAUCCUGCUCUUGCUCUCCUGUCAGAGUACGUAACUAGCAAAACCACCAUUUUGCGGAUUGCGGCGAUAGUCGGCUUGGGUAUAGCAUAUGCAGGCUCGGCGCGACAAGAUCUGAUGGAUCUUCUCGUUCCGCUUGUCGGCGAGCAUUCGCUGCCAAUGGAGAUCUCGUCUUUGGCGACACUCUCCCUUGGAUUGAUCUUUGUGGGCCAAGGAGGUUCAGAAGUCGUCAGCACUGCGGUACAUACUCUGAUGAUGGAUCGGGAUGAGUCGGAUUUGAAGGAUCCUUACGCCAUAUUUAUGGGACUUGGCUUGGCAUUACUCUUCUUGGGAAGACAACAAGAAGCAGACGCUACAUUGGCUGUUUUGGAAGUGAUGGAGAAUUCCUUGGCGAAGACCUUUAUGGUACUUCUGGACACAUGUGCUUAUGCUGGCACCGGCAACGUAUUGAGCAUCCAGCGAAUGUUACAUUACUGCAAUGACCAUAUCGACCCUGAGAAGGAGAACGACCGUUUCCAAGCAUUUGCUGUCAUUGGCAUUGCAUUGAUUGCCAUGGGAGAGGAUAUCGGGACGGAGAUGGCUCUCCGCUCAUUCAAUCAUCUGAUGCACUACGGCGAACCCGUGAUCCGCCGUGCCGUUCCACUUGCACUAGGCUUACUCUGCGCAUCCAACCCCCUUGUACAUGUUCUCGACGUUUUGAGCAAGUAUUCACAUGACAAUGACCCAGAUGUUGCAAUCAAUGCAAUCUUCGCGAUGGGUUUGGUUGGCGCUGGCACGAACAACGCGCGAUUGGCGCAAAUGCUGCGGCAGCUUGCCACGUAUUACCACAAGGAAGCAAAUCACCUCUUUAUAGUCCGAAUCGCUCAGGGUUUGGUGCAUAUGGGUAAAGGCACGUUGACAAUCAAUCCUUUCCACACAAAUCGGACGUUAUUAUCCCCGGUAGCUGUAGCUGGGCUAUUGGUGAACUUGGUUGCAUUCACAGACGCCAAGAAUCUGAUAUUUGGUCGAGGACACUAUCUACUGUAUCACCUGAUCAUAGCAGCGUAUCCUCGCCUGCUAAUGACGCUGGAUGAGAACCUGAAGCCUUUCCCAGUGACAGUGCGCGUUGGACAAGCUGUGGAGGUUGUCGGUCAGGCUGGUCGUCCAAAGACAAUCACUGGCUUCCAGACACACUCCACCCCUGUACUCCUAGCAUACACUGAGCGAGCUGAGCUUGCAAGCGAGGAAUGGAUACCACUCGCGAGCGUGUUAGAAGGCUUUGUGAUUUUGAAGAAGAACCCUGAGUACAUGGACGAAGAUAUGGAGACUGCAGGGAAAUAA